CCAGGGGGCAUCCCAAAAACAUAUGGCCUGUAUGCAAUAGGCUACGAGGAGAUGAGCAGGUCCAAUUCUUCGUCUAGCACAGAUGACAUGUCCUCCCCCUCACAGGACGAGGAGGAGACGGACCAUUGCGAGAGCGUGGAAAAGGACAAGAGGACAUCAUCCAAAGUCACUUACUGUUACCUCGGCAUUGCAGAGGAAAGGACGCUACAGCAGUGUCUGUUCCAGCACUUUCAGACUUCAGGCAAACACUACAGCCGAGGGGAGCCUUCGGCCGUAACCAGGUUCCUGCAGGACAACUGCACCGGCCAGACCAAGGAGGGCGUCCUCUCUGGAUUACACAUCUACAUUAAGUUUAUCGAGGUGGAGCUGGACUUUCUCUCCGCCGGAUCUUUAGUGGAAUGUUUAGAGACUGCGAUUGGUUAUUCGUUAAAGUUCAACAAGAAGGAUGCACUGUAGCGGUUACAUUUGCCAAUGAUGCUCUUUAAAGCCAGUAUUUUGAAAUAUAGACUUGAACUCAAAGUAUUUAUGUGGUAUGUCAGGCACAGUCUGUUCCGAAAGGGGCCGAAUAAUCUCCUUUGCAGUAAUUGUCUUUAUCAGGGAGCGUAAACGGGAGCAAACUGCCUUUUAUUUAAAUCUCUCGAGAUCCAAAUGCAGGAACGGUCAGAAAAAAAGAAUCCUUAAUGAGAACUCUUAAAGAAUCUAAGUAUAAAGUCUAUCUAUAUAGAAGUGUAUAUAUAUUUAAGAGUAUAUAUUGAUAUUGUCCAGCAUUCCAGCAUUUCUAAUUCUAGCAUUCAAAGAAUGUUUUUCAUAAACCGUUUAUCAAUGUUUGUUUUUUAUUUGUCGGAUCACACGGUGUCUUUAUGUAUGAUUGUUUCCAGGUCACAGUCUUGUUUACAUGUUUGGAAGGACAAAAAAAAUA